GCUAGCACGGUACAGAUAAGACAAUUGCGUGUCAACUUGUGGUUCAAUUUGAUCGCCUUCACCUCAAUGAAAAUUCCGGGAAAGCGCGCUCGUCAAAGCAGUCGUUUUGAUCAUGCUUGAGUUCUCAAUUUACACAGCCAGCAGCCACCACCCGUUCGACAAUUUUCCUCAAUGAAACCGCAUCUUAAUGCCUUUGCUGUUUAGACUAUGCAGAGUGAGUGAGAACCGCGACCGCAUUGCUUGUCCAAGAGAGACAGAGAGAGAGAAUAUGCAGGAUUGCUAAUCUACGAAAACUAAGACAGUGACAGAGAAAAUUUAAGAGAGAUUUGGCUUUGUGGGGAGAUAUGUAUGUGACCAGGCUUCUUUCCCGCUGCCUAAGAUCUCCCGAGUAUCUUUCUUUGCCACCAGAAGGCCCAAAUUCGGGCUACCUAGUGCUGCAAGAUGAAGAAUCUGAGACUACUACUUGUUUCGGGUUGUGCAAGAACCGAUAUCUGUCAGAUCUGCCUUUCCCUCAGAACAAGGACCUAACUAUUCGAUACUCAUCCGGCUCUGGAAAAAACAGACGUGCUUCUCAUUACUACAUCGCGCUUAUUCCUGUUCUUAAUCAGCCAUUGUCUUCCAACCGAUACUAUGCAAUGAAGCCACAUGGAUCACACAAGGGGGAAGCAUAUGCUUGUUCGACGGAGAACAAUAUGAGUGCCUGUUGCUUCUGUAAAUGCAUUAAAGAUGUAAAACCAAUGCCAUUUGAUCCUAAUGACAUAUACCAACAAUUUCAUAUUGGUCCUUACGAAGGAGCAUGCAAUGCUCGCGGCUUGUUUACUGCCACAUCGAUAGCACCAGAUGGAUUCCCUCCAUACUUCAUGCGAAGAAAAGGGUGGGAAAUUUAUACCGGAACCCCUAAAAACUACAAACUAGGUGAAGCACUGGGCGUUAACAAUGGCCUUCGAAGCAGACUUCCAGAUUUCAAUUUCCCACCACACUAUAAAACUUCAGGAGCAAUUGUUGUGGGUAAAUGGUACUGUCCUUUCAUGUUUAUCAGAGAUGGGAAGUUCAAAGAUCAGAUGAAGAGAUCAAUGUUUUACGAGAUGACACUCGAGCAACGAUGGGAGCAGAUAUUUGCCUGUGAAAACAAUUCUAGCCAGGGCAAUGCAGUGACUGUGGAUGCUACGGUGCAAAUAGAAACGGCCUUUAUAGAGGGCAGGGAAGCGACCUGGGAUGAAAGUAAUCAGGCCAAUGGGGUGGUCUGGUUCCGGAGCUUUGGUGCCGGAGGAGAAACAACUAUUGGGUUGAGUUCACUGAUCGUUUACAGAAUGAGAUGGGAGCAACAGAGAGCUGGGUGGACUAGCAGCGGAACAGGGUUGGUGAGAGUGAGUAGAACAGAGGAAUUUGCAGGGUCUGGUGGGUGGAAGAAGUAUGGUUGCUAUUUGUUGGUUGAGAGGUUUGUGUUGAAGAGAAUGGAUGGAAGUUUGUCACUGGCCCGUGAUUUCAAGCACACCCACGUGGUUGGGAGCAAAUGGGAAUGAGUUUGCUGCACCAUCAUGAUGCCUUUUUUAUGGCCAUAUUCUACAUGGCAUAUGUAUACUAAACACCAACAUUUGUAUUUGCUUUUAUGUUCUUUCUUUUCAUUCCAUCGGUUGUGAGCUUUGUAGAAAUAACAUUCUAAUGAUGUUUUUAUGUAAAUGUUGUCCUACUUGUA